GCAAAUUUCAUGCCCUCUGUUCGUGCCGCUUCUGAGAAGAAGCUGGGCAUGCUCCACUACACAUCCCCUGCAAGUCAUGGCUGGCAUGGUGAUGUGAGGAAAAGAUACACAGACUUUCUAGUCAAUGAGAUUCGCAAGGAUGGCAAGGUUCUUCAUCUUGAGAACUACGACGUGGCAGAGCGACCUGCUGAUGUGGUAUGUAAAUCCAUGACCUGCCUUGUCCAAUUAUCCAGGUACGGCGCAUCACUGACCUCAAUGCAGAAUAUUUUCCUCCCUGGACAACAGGGCAGUCCAAACAACCUCACCUCUUAUUCAGCAGAGAUUGCUCCGGCUCGGACUGUCACUGAAGAUGAUGAGAAGGCUCUACGGGCUCUUCUAGGAGAGGCUACCACUACCGAAGUUCUGAAUUUGUACCAACGUAUCGUUGCUUCUGGCACGACCCGUCUCGAUCCCCAGAUCAACCUCGUCAAAUUUUUGUCCAUGGAACGCGACGUUCGGGGCCGGGUCCAUCAAGAAAUUCGCCGCAUCUUCGAUUCCCGUAUUGCAACAGAGACUGACGGUGACGGCAUUAUCACCGCUAUUCCUGCCAGCAUCCGAUUUGCACGGAAGCCUCGAGCUGCUGGUAGUGGUGGUCGAAAUCAGCGGUCCAAUCAACCCUCUUUUAAGAAACUGGGUGGUGACUAUCUUCAUUUCACACUCUACAAAGAGAACAAAGACACCAUGGAUGCUGUCAACCAGAUCGGCCGUAUACUCAGGGUCAAGUCCAACAACUUUGGAUUUGCCGGCACCAAAGACCGACGUGCGGCCACAGUCCAGCGCGUAAGCGUCUAUCGCGUGCGACAUAAGGUUCUCGACUUUCUGAAUACGCAGCUUCCUUACAUGAAAAUGGGUGACUAUAAGUACAGCCCAUAUCCAAUCCAGCUCGGCGACCACGGCGGCAAUGAGUUCAACAUCGUUGUCAAGGAUGUUGGCGUCAAACGUGGCGAAGAUUGCUCCCUCGAACGACGCGUUCAGCUGACAAAACAAGCUGUCGAGACCGCGGUGAACGAGAUGGUCAAAUACGGAUUCAUCAACUACUAUGGCUUGCAACGUUUUGGCACGCACAUAGUCGGAACGCAUGAGCUCGGAAAGCUGAUGCUGAUGGAGAAAUUUGACGACGUUGUUGACGGGAUCCUGCACGUUGAUAAAGACUUCAUGAACCAGGUGGUCGCAGGUACGGUCCAGGAGACACCAAGCAGCCGAGACGAGAUCAACCGAGCCCGUGCCAUUGUCCAGUUCAAGACAUACAAAAACGCGAAGUCCGCACUGCAGCUUAUGCCGAAGCGGUUCGCUUCCGAGAUGAACGUCAUACAACAUCUCGAGAAGAGCCCUCGCGACUUUACAGGUGCCAUCUUGACUAUUACUCGAGGAAUGCGCAAUCUGUACCUCCAUGCGUACCAGUCGUAUGUCUGGAACCAUGCUGCUUCCCACCGCUGGGCCAAGUACGGCUCCAAGGUAAUCCCUGGCGACCUCGUCUUGGUCACGCCGGAGGACACCGUUGUGGACGAUAGCAUCGGCGGGUCCGAGGAGUCACAAUACCAGAAGGCCCGCGCUCUCUCUGAAGAGCAGGCCAACAGUGGCAAAUACACCAUCUACGAUAUCGUCCUGCCAGGGCCUGGAUUUGACGUCGUCUAUCCGGAUAACGACAUUGGCGAAUUCUAUGUGGAAUUCAUGUUGAGACCUGAGAACGGAGGGUUGGACCCUCACCGCAUGCGGCGGUCCACGAAGGACUUCAGCGUGAGCGGCAGCUAUCGCCAUGUUCUUGGCAGGAUGAAGGGCCAGCCAAAGUGGGAGGUUCGCACCUACGUGGACGAGAAUGACCAGAUGGUACCGACGGAUCUCGACUUGAUCGAGCUCCGAAAGGCGGCGGAGAAACCAACACUACAGAAGGAGGCGGCCGAGCAGGUUGCUGGAAACCAGGCCGUUGCUGUCACUGCUGAAGCCGGUCAACUCGCAGACGAUGGCGCAGCCAAGACGGAGCGACGUCGCCAGCGGGAGGACCCCGAAUCCGAUCCUCGUGCCAACGAGACUUGGACAGAGGUAUCUCAGAACGGCGGUUCUAAGAGAAUCAAGCUG